AUGAAGACUGCUGCCCUCGCCAACUUCACCCUGGCCUCUGCCAUGGCCGUUUCGGCCCAGAACUACCAGUCCAAGCCCUUCAACAUUCAGAUCAUCUCCGAAGACGCCAAUGUCAACAGCCAGUACAUCGGCGCAUGCCACUCUGGUGCCGCUAUCGAGAGCCUCUGUCUCACGACCCGCCCUGUCACCAUGCACCUCAACUCGACCAGCGAGCGGGACCCCGACGGCGGUCUUCUGACUUGGCUGCUGCCCUCCAACCCUCCUGUUGACUCGGCCAUGCGACUGGUGCUUAACCCCUCGUCGAAUGUCGCGCAGGCCGUCUUCUACCCUGGCCCCAGCGGCGGCGAAUACGUCAAGUUUACCGACGACAAGUUGGUCCUCUUGUCUAACGUCGACGACACUAAAGUCCCCAUCGAGGCCGGCAAUACCAAGGCCUUUCAGAGAUGGUUCAUAUGCGACUCUUACUACAGUUCCUACCGUUACAAGACCCUCAGCUGGGUCUACGGCAACGCCCCGCCCCAGAACCCAACCUGCGUCAAGGUCUCGGUCCAGCGCAACUACGAGGAAGCGUAA